ACGUAUAAAUUCGUCGAUUUACGGUUGAUUACAGUUGAUUGUUUGAAUGAAUCCGAAAUGUUUUAAAGUCAUGGGUAUAUACGAUUAUAAACAAUUGUAGCAGAAAAUACUUUGUCGCAAUAAUAAUUUUAUUGAAACAGAAUGUUUAUACAAAUUUUCCUAUAGAACAUGAGUGACAACCGUGAUUCGACGGAAAAAGAUGUGUUCCAGGAGCCAAAAAAGAGAUUUUGGCUGAGAACUCGAAAGCGACGUAAAAGUGAGACGAACAGUAUUACUUCAGAGGAUAUAUCAAUUGAAUCAAGUUCACAGAAAAAGAAGAAAAAACGAAGAAUUUCUGAAGUUAUUGGCAAUUUUGUAGCUUCUUCUACACUUGACAUGAGCAGAUAUGGAAAUCUACUAGAUAGGUCCUUUAGCAUUCGGGAAAAUUCAUUGGAUGCAUCAAUAGCUGGAGAAGGAUCUCAUACUGCUACAUUAUCGAAAAAGUCUAAAAGAAAUAAAAGGUGUGCUGAGGCAGUACCAAUUCGCAGCUGGGUCACUGACAUCGCAAAACAGCCUAUAGGUUGUAGAAAAUUGAACUUAAGUCGAAGUGAAGCUAAAAGACAAGAAGUAAUUUAUGAAUUAUACUGUGGUGAGAAUACGCUUCUCAAUGAUUUGUACAUGCUCCGAGAUUCUUAUUACAAGCCUCUCUUGGUUAGUGGCAUUUUUACUACGAGUGAGCUUGACACAUUGUUUAGUGAUCUUCCUGGACUUAUUCAAAUCCAUACCACUUUGAGGGAUCAAUUGUCUGAUUUACGGGAUCAAUUUGGAUUUACAGAAAACAUUGGACCAACUAUAAUAAAUUGGAUACCUAGUCUGACAGAUCCUUAUAUACAGAGAUGUAAAUCAUUAGUGUCAGCUAGGCAGCUAUUGGAAGAAAAGAAAGCAAUUAGUAAACGUUUUCAAGACUUCUUGAAAAAACGUUUGGAUUCUCCUCGUUCUGUAGAACUGUGGACGUACAUAGAUACACCACGUACUCGAAUUGUGAAAUAUCCUUUACUUAUAAAUGAAAUCUUACGCCAUACUCCAUCAUACCAUAGUGACCAUGCACUGUUAAAAGAAGCUGCUGAAAUGUUAACGGAUUUGCUAAAGAAUAUCGAUCAAGCAAUGGGUCAUGCUGAAUGCAAAUUGGCACAGAAAAGGAUCUUAAAAACAUGCAAUUAUGACUCCACUGAUUGCAUAAGGACUGCUACGGUAAUAAUUACAGAGGGCCUACUUAAGGAUCUUCGAGGAACGAAAUUUCAAUGUUUCUUAUUCGAUACUUGCUUCGUUCUCACACGACCAACGAGAAAGCAUCGAGGAAAAUGCCGUACAAUGUUUCCUGUAAUUCCUACAAAAGGAAUGCAAGUACAUAUAGACGAAAACGUUCCUUCAACAUGCUUCAGAAUAGGUGACCAUGUACUUACAGUGGAGGAUCAACACAAGAGGAAACAUUGGCUCGAUGCGUUCAAUAGGGCUAUUGAAACUGCCACUCAACAUGUAAAAAAUGUUUGCGAAAAUUUAAACAGUGAAACAAUCACGGAAAAUGCAUUAGCUUCUGCAUGCUUGCAGAACCCCGUACAUAAUGAGAUUGAUUUAUCGUGUUACUCUUUCAUAGAUGAAGAUUCCUCAAUAAAAGUAAAAUAACAAAAUUGUUUUUAAAUAAAUCUAUAACAAAAAAGGAAAUUUAAACAUACAAAAAUUUGGAAAUAGAAUAAAAAAAAUGAGCAUAAUUCAAU